AGACGUCAGAUGUCUAACGUUGAAGUGCUAAAGGUUCUGGAUUUCUGUGAAUUGGUUGGUGUGAGAUCUGAGAGUACAAAGAACAUCCUCUACUGGAAGAAGAUCAUCACGGAGUAUUUUAGUGAAGUUGGUGUAUUGAGAUACUCUGUGAAGAGCGGCGUUGACCAUAGACAGUUUGAGUUUAGCGUUCCUAUUAUACCUAGGUUCUUCUUUUCGAUAAUCCAAUCUGGUGUUUUGAGGAUUGAGAUUCAACCAGGUAUGCUUAGAACGCAGAUGUUGGCAAACGGGACUACGUAUAUUGAGUCCUUGAGAUGCUGCUUUACACACCACUACAACGAUGGUUCCUAUGUUAACAUAUACGGUACCAUGAAAGGUGUAUUUAACCAGAGUUUGAAAUUUGAAUGGCUUGAUUUCCAAACUCACGUUUUCAUACCUGGUGUUGAAUGGCCGUCUUUGGAAAAAGUGCUAUCAGAUGAAACCAAGAUGAAGGAGAUGUUGAGUGUCUACAGUGAUGAGACGAAGGAUGAAAGUGGAUCAAGUACAAAGCAACAGCAGAUUCUACAGAAGUUCCGUUCUAAUUACCAGGUCUUCCAUUCGAUGUCUAACUUUGGACUACAGGAGUCCGUCAUGAGGGUGAUGCAGGUGAGUGACGUUAUGGCUCAUCUUCGAUCGUUGAUGCUUUUUUCAAUCUCCUCGAACUCGUGUGGACCGUUACAGGCGUUGGAUGACUUUGUUGCCAAAGCGCAGUCGAAGGAAUUCGACAAGGCGAAGAAGAAACUCGACGGGGGAGUCAGCAGUGGACAGGCAAGCGGAAACGUGAGUGCUAAGGACUCGCCAGCUACAGACACCAUGACCAUCAACAACACCAGCACA